GCCUGUUUGGUCUGAGAUCGGGUACCCUGAAGUAAAUACUUCCACAUGCAGAGAUUCAUUGUUUGAAGCUCUAAAAAGUUUCGCGCUUCACUUGAUCACACCUAUAUAUUUUAUUUUUAGUAAGCUAUUCCAUUUUCAACAGCUUGCUUCGCCCUCGAGGACUGCACCAACACUUUAAAAUUGGAUCAAGGGAACAAGCAAACACACAUCUCGAUCCCGCCGCCAAGUUCAGAUCUGCAUACUACCUACCUAGCCGCCUAGGUACUCGCCUAUGUACCUACAUACACCCAUAGGUAACACUGCUUGUUAGGCGACAUUUUUGGGAUCGGUAAAGGGUGACAGUAGCAAAGACGACCGGUCGAUUUGCCAACAUGAACGGUUCUAAUGUUCACCGUUCAUCAUAUCAAUGCUACCCGUACUUGACUAAGGAGGAGUUUGCUGAGGUGUGCCACUACUUAGAUAGGAGGUACUGCCGGGCCACACUAGGUCCCCUGAGAAAACUAUGGCGACUCCAUGUUCAUACAGCACUGAAUUUGGAUCCUGACAAUGGUCCAGGGUGCUCUACCUUCCUCCAGAUCACUCGACCUCUAGAUGAUGGAACCAGUACCGACCUUGUAGCCAAGUUGGGGGACUUUUCUUUGGGGGGAGACGAAGAUUUCAGUAUGGAACUGAAUGUGGAUGAUGGUGUAGUUGAGAUGGAAGACUCGGACAAGGAGGUUCUCUCUAGAUUGCGAUCUCGAGCAAACUUCCAAACUCCAAACGUCAAGUACGAGAUACACCUUCAUCCGACGUAUCGUGCACCUUGUCUCUGGUUCAGUCUACACAACUUACCACCUGGUGAGUCGGCAUUCGAUGUUGAGACCGUGUUCCGCCAUUUAGUUCCCGAGCAGUUCAAGGACUCACUCCGAAGAAUUGGUCCUAUAGGUGGCAUCUCAAUCGAUCAUCACCCCAUGACUGGAAUUCCUUCAUUCUUCGUCCACCCAUGUGUUCUUGGAGAAGCCAUGACUGGGUUUGAUUGCUCCAAGGAAGACUAUCUUAUGGUAUGGCUGGGUCUUGUGGGGGGAUGCGUCGGGCUCUGGGUCCCUAGGGAGAUGGCCACCGAGGUGGGAUGA